AUGACGACGAAGAGGAGGAAACAGCCGCCGACGACGGUAGAACAUCCCCGCAACACGACUCCGGGCGCGGCCCGGAAGUGCGACAGCUUGAGCAGAAGCCGAACCAGUCUGCGCAGUGAAACUGCCAGCAGUUCGGGUCACAGCCAUCAUCACCAUCACCACCGUCACCGUCGUCAAACGAGCAGCGCUAGCAGCACCAGCUGCCACGCCAGGCAAACGAGAACUGAUGAUGAGGAAACUCCGGAAGAGGAAGCCGCUGGUACCACGGCCACCUGCACCGAAGACGAACGCCAUCCGGAAAGUGCUUCGACGCUGUACGUCGAAAACUGCCACUGUUCAAUCGGGGGUAAUCUGACCACUACGGACGAUGACGAAGAGAUCCAGCAGUUCUUCGUCGUGAACAAAAGUGUAUCCCGUAGACCGUCGAACGUGAGCAGUACGUCACGCGUCAGCCACCGAAGCAACCGAAGCACUCCAAGAAGUGGCGGAAGUCGUUCGAAGCGGGCCACUCCACUCAGUGGUGGCAGCUGCUGCUCUCACCAUUCUCAUCAUUCACAGCAGACUUAUCGGGGUCGAGGAGGUCACGAAUCACCAUCUUUUCUACAAGACAGCGGUUCGAACGCUACCAUUUCGAACUUUAACAUCAAUCCAUCUCGGUUCCAGUGCAGUUACUACACGACUGCCGACGAAAGCGAGAACUCCUACUGUUCCAUUAGCGGCGAAAACAUCCGUCAGAUACAGGCCCAAACGCAGAUACAAACGGCGUUGGAGAUGAAGCAGAAAGAGGACGAGAAGCGACACAUUCUGGGACCAAAGUCCCGACUACAACCACUACCGCUGCCGCCGCUACAGCCAGCCGAUGGUAGCGACUACAACGACAGUCAGCAGGACGCUACUAGCACCAACGAGUCUAUCCUGUCGAUCAUCGAGAGUACGUCCAGCGAUCAACCGGGCGAUUCGACGACGACCAGCACCACCACUUCCACUACGCAGCGACAGCUGCAGCAAGUCGGCGAACGGGGUGCAAAAAACGGCAAUUCGGGCAGUCAGAUGAUCCUUACACCGUCCAAAAUAACGAUUGAAAAUAUUGGCCAACUGUCCGAGAUUGCGGCCAACGAUUACGAGUUCGACGACAUUGACGUCAACAUUCCGGAGGUAUUUCCUUCGCCAUCGAAGAUCAAGUGGCAUUUUCUCGCCGGACUAGACGAGAACAAGUCGAACAAAUCCAGAAUCAGCUCAAUAUCGAGUCUGGUGGAUGCGGGAAGCAGUGGCCGUGGAAGAAGCGGUACCGAAUCCGGCGGAGCAGACGUAAGCGAAACGGCUAGCGAGAGACGCCGGGACGACAGCAGCGACAAUGACUACAGCCCGAACUUAAUCCAAGAGCAACCGCUUCCACCAAUUCCGGCAGCAGUUCAGAGCAGUUCGUCCAGCUGUAAGAUCGAAGAACUGCUGAAGAAGUCAUCGCCAUCGGCUUCGGCUGAGUUCAAAACCGUCUCGAUUUGGCGUGCAGAGAACGAUGACGAAGCGAAUGCCAUCAUCUUCCACCACGAGAGUGAGAUCGUGGAGAACUGCUGUACGAAUCAUUUUUUAGACCACAGUAAUUACGACAUCUGUACGGUGGAUAACUGCGAUUAUCUUAUCAAGAGCAGCGAUACACCAAAGAGCAGUAGAAAGAGCAGUAUGAGCAAAAGCGAAGAGCGGCUGAACAAUUCUGUGGCGCUGUCUUGCUCCACCGGAAACAGGCUGGAACUGAAGCAGCGAAAUAUCUUCACAUCCACGCUGUCAACGAGCACUACGCCACCGAACGUCUACAGUAUCAUAUCUCCGGAUUUGAAGCGCUUUGAAAAGCAAACGAACCUAACGCGGAACUCGGUCAAUCUCAGUCAGAACCUAUCGUCGCCUUCGUCGACGUCAUCUUCGUCAAUUUUUCUGGGCAACUACAAUCAAAGCUAUCGCAACAUCAAUCAAAAUUCCAGCGAGGAUAAGCUGUUGAACACGUCUUCAUCCAGAUCCCGGUUGAACACCACCCGAUCGACGACCAGCAUCAACAACGGGAGCAACUUCAACAAUACCCUGGACGUCAACGUUGACAAUCGGCAGCGAUUGGGCAGUUCGGUAUCGCUCAACGCUCAACAGCUGGCUCCAUUCAGUAUAACCGCUUCGUCGGCAUCUGCGGCAGCUGCGUCCCAGUUCUACAACAAAUCCUACCACAUCAAUCUAACGGCACAGAAUCGCCUCUACUUCCAUGCCUACUCGAAUCUCGUGCGGGAGCAUGAACAGUGUCAGCACCAAUCACCCUCGCCGGAACAGUCGGAUCAGUCCAAUGGGCAACCGCCACCACCUUGUGCCCAGUGUCAGGAGCUGUACGGUUGCCCACAGUACUUAAGUGGCAACGCAACCAAUGAGGAAAGCACCGGCGGCACGGGCGCCUUCAACGAUGCCACCAUGACCAGCAGCAGUGCCAGUCUAACCGGGUCCGGAACUGGUCGGCGUGGUGCACGAACCGGAUCGGCCCGCUGGCGGCGGAACGUGAGCCACUCGCUCCGGAUCCACGGCCUGGUUCGAGUCGUACGGACCAGGGCUCGCAAGUGCGCCGACUACAUCCGCCAGAAGGAGCAACAAACCAACAAUCGUUUUCAUCGGCGCAAAUAGGCGAGGCGAAUGAGAAGAAGAAUGCAAUACGCAUGUGUGUGAGUGACUGACUGAUCGAAACUAGACGUCAGCGUUGUGUGCGAGACCAUUGUUUUCGUUUAGAUAUAAAUGUGUACUGUUUAUAGGUUUUUCGUUAACCAUUCGUCAAAAACGAAUCGCCUCCCAAACAAGGGCGAUCAAGUGAUGCAAGCUCGUUUGUUUGUUUACUUCGGGUUUGUAUGAAAGACUAUCAAAACAAACACAGACACACACAUACACAAACACAUACACAUAAACAAGCACACCUACACUCAAAAUAACCCGAAGCAAAACAAAUCGGUAACCUUAAGCAAAGCCUACAUGAAUAGAACAAAAUAGUUACAGUUAGGAUAACAUUUGCUAUUUGUAGUAUAUACCUAGCCCUAAGUAAGGAACAUGAGAGCACUAGGAAAUUAAAUUUAGUCUAAUCAAAUAACCUAAUGUUAUGGCGCGGAUCUCGUUUCCAGACAUUCUGCGGAACGGCAACUUAACACUUAUAAAAGGCUAACCCCGACACGAACGUCUACCGAUGGCGGGUAGAGAUCGGGAGUUUUAGCCAGUUCGUCAAAAAAAAGGUAUUACACUAAGUAGUCAAUAAACUAUAUAAAUUAAUUAUUAUAAACAAAAAAAAUACAACACAUAAGAGAAGUAAUUAAUCGAAAUUAAGUUUUUUGUACACUUUUUGAUAUUUUAUUUUACAAAAAAUACAAGAAUACAUGAACUAAGUAGCUUUGUCUUUGCACAAAUUAAUUAAAUACUUAGGCGGAAAGCAAGAGUCUGACACGCCGGGUUCGAUCCGGCUCUCUUGCUCUCUCACAAUAUGGAAAUAUUAAGCAAAAGGUAAAAAAAACAUAAAUUGAAAAAAAAAAAAAAACAAAA